AUGUAUAAAGUUAUUCCAAAGGAUCAACGCGAUAAAGCUGCAUUGUUGCAAUGCGAAGCGAAACUUCGUUCGGAGCUUGCUGAAGCACGCGUGGAGUUGGGACGUUUGCACUCAACCAUACUAGAUGUUCAGCAACAAAACACUCGACUUCAGCAACAACUGCAACAACAACAAAGACGGCCGUCUCUCACCUCACCCGCAUCGGGCACUUUAAAAGCUUCUCCAGUCGAGCGGACCCCGCCAACCGCAUUAUCCGGCUCGGUGGCUUCCCCAUUGGCACUGCAGAAAGCCUCACCGGAGGAUAGAGUCCAGCUAACGUCUCACACAGGUGCGACUUUGCUCAGCACUGGUUCAAAGUCGUCACAUCCAGGUUACGAUUGUAGAAUCACCGAAUUACAACUGGAAUUGCAGCUUACCCGCCGCCGAAAACAGUCGUUAGAAGCCCAACUGGAAAUAUUCCAGCACAGACUACUUGCAUCGGAGCAAAAAGAAGAAGUGUUGCUAAAAGAUUUGGAGGUUAGUACAAUGUUCACAAAAUACUGA